AUGGACCAACUACUGCCUUUAUUUGGCCUUUUGAUGCUCUCUACACCGGUUGGUGCUCAGAGCAAUGGAACAGCAACUAUUUCCUAUGCUUUGCCUGCGGGCUACACAACCGCAAGUUUCAACGCCUCUGCACAACCUACUGCCUAUAACCGCACCGAUUUCUCGCCCAAUGCCCUCGCAAGUCUCUGGGAUAUGGUAGGGCCAAUUGUGACAGGCCCCAUUACCACCACCGUUACACCAACUCCGGAGCCAACGGCAUACCCACAGCCAGAUCCCCAAUACUAUCAUGCUUUGGUGGGUAGUGGAUACCCAGAAGCACAGGGCUUGAAACUUCCCGAGAACUUCCAAUGGGGGUUCAGCUCCUCCGCAUAUCAGAUUGAAGGUGCGGCUAAGGAUGAGGGCAAAGGACCCAGUAUCUGGGAUCUGUUGGCACACAGAGUCCCAAAUUUUGUGGCCGACAAUACGACUGGCGAUGUCGUUGAUCAGCACUACUAUCUAUACAAACAAGACUUUGCUAGAUUAGCAAGUCUAGGAGUUAAAGCCUUCAGUCCGAGUUUCUCUUGGCCGCGAUUCUUCCCGUUCGGCCACGGUCCAGUCAACGAAGAAGCCAUUGCGCACUACGAUGACGUGAUUGCUACUAUGCAUGAGAAUGGCAUUCACCCCGCUGUUACAUUGUUCCAUUGGGAUACCCCACUCGCCAUAUUCAACGAAUACGGUGCUUGGACCGACCGUCGCGUUGUCGAUGACUUCUUCAACUAUGCCAAGUUUGUCAUCACACGAUACGACGCCUACGUCGAUGAGUGGUUCACGAUCAACGAGCCUCAGUACUGUAACUGGCAAUAUGCGGGUUACCCAGCAGGCGAGUAUUACCCUGCACCAAAUGGCGUCACUGGUGGCAACGAAGCCCGCUUCCUGUGUGGUCAUCACACUCUGCUCGCGCACGCGAAGGUAUCUAAGUGGUACCAUGAAGAGUUCAAAGGUCGGGGCCGCAUUACCUUUAAGAACAGUGGAAACUAUUAUGAAGCCAACAGCACGAAGCCAGAAGACGAGGUUGCACGCCAACGAAACUUUGACUUUAGCAUUGGCUGGUUUGGCGGACCAUGGACAGAUGGUGACUACCCACAGUCGCUUAAAGACACACUUGGCGACCUGUUACCAGAGUUCACACAGGAGGAGAAGGACAUGAUCAAAGGAUCGUGCGACUUCUACGCCAUCGACCCUUACUCGAGUUUCCUGGCUUUUGAGGUCGACGGAGGGCUGGAGUCAUGCACAAGCAACCGCUCACACCCGGCCUUCCCUGAUUGUGCUGGCUCAGCAAGUGUGGCCCCGAACGGCUUCCCCAUCGGUCCUGCCGCUGACCCAGCCAUGUCUUGGUUCUACUCGGCACCUGCAGGCGUCCGUCGGUAUCUAAAGCAUAUCACUCAGGUUCUCUUCCCUUCGAUUCCGGAUAUUGUUGUCAGCGAAUUUGGUUUCGCGGAGCCUUUUGAGGGGCAAUGGUCAAACCUGAACUCGGCGCUCUGGGAUCUGAAGAGGGCAGAUUACUUCCAGCAAUAUCUAGACAACAUCCUGCUGUCGAUACAUGAGGACGGAGUCAACGUGACAGGAGCAUGGGGGUGGUCGAUUUUGGAUAAUUUCGAGUGGGCGCUUGGUACGUCGGUUAGGUUCGGAGUGCAGUACGUGAACUACACGAGUCUGGAAAGGACGCCCAAAGCCAGUCUGUUCCAGUUCCUGAACUGGUUCAAGGAACACGAGGCGGGUGGGAACGCGACAAUGAGGAUGUAG